AUGCUGCCACUGCGAUCUGGCUGGAGGCUCGGCAGAAGCGCCGCCUGCUUCAGCAGCAAGGCCAAGCGGGAGUUGGUGGCCCGGUACAGCGGCGAGUACCCAGAGAAGCUGCUCAGCAAAAAGCAGAAAACACCUACGCACAUGUAUGUGGCUAAUGCAAAGACGGCGCAGAGGAUUGGCCAGUACCUGGAACCGCACCUGCAGCAGACCAGCUGCGACACAGUCCUGGAGCUGAAUCCCGGAGCUGGUCACUUCACCCGGCACCUGCUCGACCGGGAGACGCAGUUCCGCAAGAUUAUUCUGCUCGAGAGCAUGGACUACUUCAUGCCCCGGCUGCAUGAGCUGCACACACUGUAUCCGGAGCGGGUGAAGGUGCGCCACGGCGACCUGGUCAACCUGUGGAAGCUGGUCUUCAUGGACAAGAUGGACAAUGGGGUGCGGGUGGCCGAGCUGCUGCACGACGUGCCCCAGAGGCCCUUCACAGACGAUAUCAACAUGCUGGUUUUUGGCGCCGUGGGAUCGUAUGCGUUCUUCAAGCAUCUCAUCAACUCGCUCGUGUUCCAGACGAGUCUUUACAACCUGGGUCGCUGCGAAAUGAUUCUAGCGAUGCCUCCCCCCAUUUACAUACACCUGACCUGCGACAAUGAGGUGGGGUACCUCAUCUACCGCUCCACGACGGUGCUCUUCCAGAUACUCUUCGAGCAUCGCUUUAUUGCCAAAGUGCCGCGGGAGGAUUUCCUUCCGCUGCAGGCCGAUUAUAAGCUCACGAAGAGCAGCAAGCUGGGCAAGGUGCGGUCCGUCAAUCCGGAGUACUUGUAUCUGGUUAAAUUUGUGCCCAGACGCAAUCUCCACGAGCUGUGUUCGCCCCAGGACCUAAUAGCUCUCUGGUUCUUCAUCAAGCAGAACAUGGUGAGCCGGCGGAAUCGUAUAAUACCCAAUCUCGAAAAAUGGGUGCCCGGCUGUGGGCCAAGACUGAUCAUCAAUCCGCACGCCUCUGAGCCGAUUUCGCCCACAUAUCCCGAUGAGUCGCCGCUGAAGCUGCCACAGUACACCAUACAAAGCACUACGAUGAGCACCAGGGACUACUUUCCGGGCAUCAACAUCUACACGCAGUUCGGAGACCUCAGGCCCAGCCAGAUGCUGACACUGUUCAGACAGUUCCGCCAGUGGCCGGAGUACCAGGAGAGCUCCUUCCUGGCCUCCAUGGAGAAUGCCCUGCUCAAGCUGGAGACGGCCAACGAUGAGCAGAGCCUUGAGGAUGUUGUUAAUCUGCCCGAGGAGGACGACCUUGGGCCGGAGGAACUAAUCGAGGAGGACACCGUCAAACCCGAAACCGUCAAGAAAGCGAAAGCUGGAUAGAUUUUGUUGUACAUAAAGAAUUCUUAUUGUUAUGGUUUAAA